UGUUCGUCCCUUUAUCACAAAAGAGCGUUUUCCUGUUGACGUGUGGUAUCCCUUUUUGGAUACACCAUUUAGAACAUUUUAAUCUAUGUUUCGCAAAUUGUUGCCGGAUCGGAAUGUGCCAUUUACGGCUUGAGUACUGAUAUCUCUAUCGCCAUGUUUUUCUGGUAUUCCACCGCUAGACUAGAAAUAUUACAACAUAAUUUGGAAAGUACAAAAAGCAAAAAUUUUAUACGCGCAUGUAUUAAAGAGCAUCAAGAUAUCAUCAAAUUUGUCGAACUGACUCAAACUACAGUACAAUAUUUAAUUCUGAAACUCAAUGUUACCAUGGGCACAGCUGUAGUUUGUAGCCUGUUUCCACUAAUUAUUAAUCAACCUUUGGCUGUAAAAGGUCAAUUUAUAUUUACAUUUCUUUGUGCGUGCGAAAGAUUUUACAUCAGCGCCUGGUCAGCUAAUGAUUUAAGCGACAUGAGCGGAAAAUUAGCAAACAGAGUUUCGAUGAAAGACUAUAUAACACCAGAAACUGUGAAUGAUAUUUUGUUCAUAAUACUGAGAAGUCAAAAACCUCUUACAAUAUCAAUGGCAAGUUUUCUUCCCGUUCUCUCUGUAGAAUAUUUUGGAAACUUUAUAACAAAGGCGUUUUCUUAUUUUACGGCAAUGAAAAGUAUGAUGGAUAUCUAACUCUACAUAUAUAUAGCUCACUACUCUUUAAUGCAUAUAUGUGUGGGUAUAUGUUUAUUGUAUAUAUGUCGGAAUUUUAAUAUAUGUGACCGA